AUGUUGAUUCGUAACCUGGAUACCUCUCGCGGACUGGUAAACGGUGCCCGUGGAGUAGUUGAGAAGUUUUCGCCGGCCGUUGAAGGUGGCUUUCCUGAAGUCCGUUUCUUCUCCGUUGGCCGUUCCUCAUCAGGCGCCGCUGAGGGCCAGACCGUAACGAUUCGGCCCGAGAGGUGGACCAUCAACAGUAGUGGUGUAGGUGGUUCCGUUUCUGCUGCCGGUACCGCUUCUGGUGCUCAGCUCUACCGCAUACAGUUGCCGCUUUGCCUGGCCUGGGCAAUUUCAGUUCACAAAAGUCAGGGCAUCACUCUGGACUCAGUGGAACUCGGUCUUUCCAAGGUCUUCGAAUACGGUCAGGCGUAUGUGGCCCUAUCACGAUGCCGCAGCUUGGCGGGCUUACACCUGCUGGACUGGAGACCAGAAUGCAUUCGAGCGGAUCCGGAGGUUUCCAAAUUCUACACAAAAUUACGUUUAAAAUCACGCUCCCAUAGCGGUGGUAUCGAGAAUUGA